GCGAGGCUGCUGGACACAGGGCGGCCGGGCAGGGAUGGACACCAGGAGCCACCAGGAACCACCAGGGGACAGGGGGGCACCCAAGAGUCCAACAUCCGUGGAGCAGCAAGCAGAGAACCAAACACAGAAAGAAACAGCGAUUCAAUAAGUUUCCAGCUGGAUUGGGAAGGUCUGGCAGUGCUUGGGAGGCUGUGGAAAGCUGAUGCGGCUGGAGCAUCCUCAUCCUCUGGGCAGCAGUGGGAGCGCAGAUCUGCCCCCGCAGGUCCUCCCGUCCCUCCCUGGAUGUGCCGAUGGAGCUGCUGCCCCUCUCUGCUGUUCCAGCUCCGCCAGGUUCCCCCGGAGGGAGAAACCAGGAUGCUCCACAAGCAAAGGAUCCCUGCCCAGCACACCUGAUGGAGCACCGGGGGUGAGGGAUCCCCGCUGAAGGACGAGCCAUGCAGUAGGAAGGAGCCAGCACAUCCCAGGGAACAGCAGUGCUGCGGGAGGAACGGGACAUGAGGAGCCUCAGCUGCCUCCUCUGGGGACUCCUCCUCAUCCUCAGCGCCGCCGGCACGGAGGGCUUUGCCCCAGCAGGGCGCAGGGUGUGCUCAGCCACGGCGACACCGAGCGCCCACACCGAGUCCCACGUGCAGCCCGUGUACCAGCCCUACCUCACCACCUGCCCGGGCCAGAGGCUCUGCAGCACCUACAGGACCAUCUACAGGGUUGCCUACAGGCAGAGGUUCAGGCAGCUGCCCCAGCCCAUGGCCUCGUGCUGUCCUGGAUGGAGCAGAGCAAACGGGCACACGCUGGGCUGUAACAGAGCUGUGUGCUGGGAGCCGUGCCAGAACGGAGGGAGCUGUGCCUUCCCUGGGAGAUGCUCCUGCCCCCCUGGCUGGAUGGGGAGAGCCUGCCAGACAGACGUGGAUGAAUGUGCCAGCCAGAGCCACGGGUGCAGCCAGCUCUGCAUCAACACAGCCGGGAGCUUCCAGUGCGCCUGCCAGGACGGCUUCAGCCUGGCUGCCGAUGCCAAGGGCUGCCAGCCCCUGGUGCCAGCCCCUGGGACAGACACCGCCAGCCAAGCAGGUGCCUCCAGUGAAAUGAAGGAGGAAAUGAAGGACCUGAGGAGCAGAGUGGAAGCGCUGGAGCAGAAGCUCCAGCUGGUGCUGGCCCCCUUCUACAACCUGAUGCCGCCUGAGGAUGUGGGUGCAGACCCCAUCAGCCGCCUGUCGCACUCCCUGCAGCAGCUGGACAGGAUUGACUCCCUGAGCGAGCAGAUCUCCUUCCUGGAGGAGAGGCUGGAGACCUGUUCCUGCAAGAACGAACUCUAGCAGAGUGCCUGGGGACCUGGAGCAAGCUGAGUGCACCCACAGCUCUUCUCUCCCUCUCCAGCCCCAGGCUGGGGACGAAGCCUCAGCAUCACAGGAAGGCACAGGGUGGCAGGAGAAAGGAGAAGGCUGAGCUCCAUCUUCAUCAUUCUCUCUUCCAGCUCACCUCAGCAGAGGCCACACAGCUCCUUCCAAACUGGACUCUGAGCCCUCUCCCUGCUGGAGAGGCAGCAAAUAAAUGCCUUACCUCGUGCCAU